CGUUUCGCAUCACCUUACCAAUCGACCAAUUAGUGGCGCCUUGACACCGCGGUCUCUCGGGACGCACGAUCACCCGCAGUUUGUAAUUCACCAGCGAGAAGUUCAUCAGCGCCGAGUCUUCGCAGCAAAGACAUUGCCGGAAACUUGAUCGUCGUGUUCGAGUCGGUGCACGAUGUUACCAGUUCGAAACUGUCUGCUCUUUGUCUUCGCGAUCAUCGCGGUCGCCACUUUCCUCGGCUCGACCCGUGCAACAACCCUCAGGGAAGGCAAUCCACAUAAGUUCGACGUUUACUGGAACGUGCCUACUUUCAUGUGCCACAAAUACGGCAUGAAAUUCGAGAAUCUCAAUGAUUAUGGAAUUCAACAGAAUGCCAUGGACAAGUUCCGCGGCGACAAGAUCGUGAUUCUUUAUGAUCCUGGGAUGUUCCCGGCGUUGCUGGUCAGUAAGAACGGCACGGUGACGAAGAGGAACGGCGGCGUGCCACAGGAAGGCGACCUGAAGGAACACCUCGAGAAGUUUAGAGAGGACUUAGUCACGCAGAUUCCUCACGAGUCCUUCAGCGGGGUCGCUGUGAUAGACUUCGAGAGCUGGCGGCCUAUCUUCCGACAGAAUUGGGCCUCUCUUGAACCCUACAAGACCUUGUCCAUAAAGUUGGAACGUGAAAGACACCCCUUUUGGAGCGACGCUGCUGUAAAGAAGGAGGCCAAGCGUCGCUUCGAGAAGUUCGGCAGGAUGUUCAUGGAGGAAAGCCUGAAGAUGGCGAAAAAGCUGCGGCCUUGGGCCAUGUGGGGUUACUAUGGGUAUCCGCACUGCUUCAAUAAGAGCCCCGGCCAACAGUCUAUGCAUUGCGAUCGCUCGACCAUGACAGAGAAUGACGAAAUGUCUUGGCUGUUCAUGCUCGAGGACGUGCACGCACCUUCCGUGUACUUGAGGCUGGAGAUCAAGGAGGGCGAUCGGCCGGGCUUCGUGAAGGGCAGAGUGUCGGAGGCGCAGCGGCUGGCGGUGAAGAGCCUGAGAAAACAACAGAUCUUGCCUUAUUACUGGUUCAAGUACCAAGAUAACAGAGAUAAGCUCCUGUCUGAGAAAGACACGAUGAAUACGAUCGAGAUGAUAGCCAACCACGGCGCCGACGGUGCCAUCAUUUGGGGCAGUUCUAAUGACGUAAACACCCAGCGGAAAUGCGAGGAUCUGCUGCAAUACAUGAAAGAUGUCCUCGGGCCGACGGUAAAGCGAUUGAGUGUGUAAUAACGCCCGAUCGCAAUUGGGAAUAUCGCGUAUGUUCACCUGUCUCAAGUUCAAACAAUUUCUCCGACUUCCCGUUUCCGAUGCCCAACGUUUCUAUGCAACGUUCAUUGAACCUUGAUAUAAGAUUAAACUCUAAUUGACAACUAAACAUUUCAACUGAGCUUGAGCGUCUCAUCGACGUUGAUCAAAGCUGAUACUUGGUCAUUAGUUUGCGAAUGAAUCUCUCUCAUUUCUCAGUACAAUCUACCCUGUGACACCUGCACUUUCGCGGAACAAUUUCGCGAAGCAAUCGUGCACGGGGGGGGGGGAGGGGGUACGAUGUAGUAUUUAUAAAUUUAGACUAGAGCACGCAAUCGGGAGGGCAUAUAUCGUCGAGGGCAAUUACAUAAAGAAGACGCGAGUCAUCGGCAACCGAGGGGGCAAAAGAGAGACCGAGUAGUAACGAUGAGAGAGAGAGAGAGAGAGAGAGAGAGCACACACAGGAGAAAGAGAAAGAGCAGCUUUCAUCCGUCUGGCUCCGAGAAUUCCUGCCAGAAGACCAGCAGUCCUAGUGAUCUCGUUAACGUCGACGAAGGCGCGCGUCGCGGCGUCCGGCACACCAUCCCCGAGUCCUCCCCUUCGUCACCUUGGCGUUCCGCCCCGUAAGACCAGCGAUCGCAUCUAGGAUCCGACAAGGACGAAGUGACGAAGAGCGCGCGCGAUCCGCGCUCUCGACUCGCUGGCGUACGACAAGUUUUACUGGUUCGCAGUGUAACGCCUCGGGCGAUAUCGUUUCUUACAAUACGCACGACGCUCGUCAUCGUCGUGGUCGUUGUAGAGGUGGUAGCCCAGAGAUCUCUCUUGCUCACGUUUAAUCCUUCCUCUCCCCGCUUUCACCCCGCUGGUCCUUUCUCUCUGCUCUGUCGCACCUGCGGCGAACGUCGAUGCGGAGGCGCGCGAGCGACGAAGAGGGAGAACGGAACGGGAACGGCGCGGAACGGGAACCGAACGUGCACCGAGUAGUAGAAGGAGGAGCUGAAGGGGAACCCGCUGUUGUUGGUGCUGAUGCUGG